AUGUUAAACAUCAAGAUAUUUUUGUGGAUUGCGAUUGCAAUAGCUUCUACUGUUUGGUCGAUGGACCCUGCGAACAAAGCCGAUACUUCAAGCGCCGCAUCUCCUGUUUCUAGUGGUUUGCAGUCUUCUAUCAAUACAAGAAAUUGGCCAAGCCCACAUCCUCAUGGCCUAUCUCCGGUUGGUAUGGAAUUAAAAACUCAUUUUCAUACAAGCGGGAUUGAAGAACAUAUGCGUCCAAAUCUUCGUUGGGCAAAUCUACGUGAUAAAGCCAGUGAUAUGAAAGGCAUCAUUAAGAAUCCUGAAACCAAAGAACAUAAAAAAGUUGGUAAAGACGUCUUACAACAAGUUCAUUCGGAUAUGAAAAUAUAUAAAAGUCAUAAUUAUCUUCCCGCUGAAGUGACUGACAAGAUGAUUGAUAAACACGGUAAACGUCCUAAAUCUCUUUGGAAGAAACUGACACGAAGUAGAUCAACAUGA